GUCAGCUACCAGCAGCCUACGCGAACCUCACAGGCAUGGACAAAGUGUACAUCGGCCUCAGCUGCGUGAUCGGUCUGUCUAUUGGCUUCACGGGAAUUUGGGCCCAGAGCUUGAUCAGCGCGACAAGCUUCCUGGUCAUGGUGAAUGCCAACAAGUUUGUGAUCAUUGGCAUUGAAGCUUUCGGCAUGCACACCAAGGUGCUAACCCAGGGGCAGAUCCUAGGCGCAUGCCUGUCAAUCUUUGGCGGCAUCCUCUAUGGCAAAGCGCGCCAGCAGAUCGAGCAAGAGGAGGAGGAGAGGAAGCAGCUUCUUCCCAACGUGAAGGUGUAA